UCACUGCUGCUCCCUGCGACGCGCUGAGUGCGGAGCGACGAGACGCGCUGCAUACCAACAGAGACACACGGGAGCAGGCUAAUUAAGCUCAAGUGGCGACUUGCGACCGGUCAGGACGCACGGACCCCAUCCUGCUCUCUGGCAAAAACACAUUUCUGUCAAGUCAUUGGACAGUUUGAUCUUUUCUUCCCAUGCAUUCUCUAGAAUAUUUUCCUUCAAGGCACUGAGAGCCAAACUAAAGUGUCUGGGAUAUUUGUUUUUUAUUGUCCUGCUCUGAUAUUUUUCUGCACAGGAGAAGACAAACAGCCCUCUCUCUCUCUCUCUCUCUCUCUCCGACGCGGGUCAUCAAAAGGAAAAGUCAAGUGGAUGAUGUUUUUGUCCACUCACAUGUAGAAGCGUUGGACUAUUGCUGUUGACAUUCAUCCACUGGGUCGGUUUUUUUAUACACAGAUUCCCCGCAACGGCAACAUAAAGGAGGAAUACCGAGGCAUUUGGCUGCAAAAACAAGCAGAAAAUCAAUCAGAACUCCAUCAUGGGCUGCCCCCUCUUGCGGAACGCGUUUGCUGGUUUCAUCCUGGUCCUGCUGUCGAAAGCGUCCAGCGUGCACGGAGCAGAAUUCGGACACCUGCCGGACAACAUUACAGUGUUGGAAGGAGAAAGCGUCACUUUGAGAUGUAGGAUCGACGAGGAGGUGACCCACAAGGCCUGGCUGAACCGCUCCAACAUCCUGUUCACGGGGACGGACAAGUGGUCGCUGGACAAGCGUGUGACGCUGGCCAACAGCAACAACAGCGACUUCUCCAUCCACAUCGAAAAGGUGCAAGUAACCGAUGAGGGCCCGUACACGUGCACCUUCCAGGCCAACAACAAGCCGCGUAUCGCCCACGUCUACCUCAUCGUCCAAGUGCCGGCCAGAAUCGUCAACAUCUCGAAAAACGUGUCGGUGAACGAAGGAGAGAAUGUAAACCUCUUCUGUCUGGCAGUGGGUCGGCCUGAGCCCACCGUCACCUGGAAAGACCAGAAAUAUGGGCUGGUGAGUGACGGGGAGUUUCUGGACAUCACAGAGAUCAAGAGGCAGCAGGCCGAGGACUACGAAUGCAUCACCAACAAUGGAGUGGCACCACCUGAUCAGCGCAAGGUCAAGGUUACGGUCAACUACCCUCCGAUGAUCACAGACAUGAAGAACAUGCCAGCCCAUUUGGGUAAGACGGCCAUCUUGCGCUGUGAAGCCAUGGCAGUCCCACCAGCCGCCUUCGAGUGGUACAGAGAUGACCACAGGCCGGUAGAGAGUGACAACACCCUGAGGAUCAAAAACGAGAGGACGCGCUCGCUGCUGCUGUUCACCAAUGUGACAGAGAAACACUUUGGCAACUACACCUGCUUUGCCUCGAACCGUCUGGGGGCUUCCAACGCCAGCAUGCUGCUGUUCCGGCCGGGGGCCAUACAGGGCCGAGGGACCGCUUUACACUCAGGGAUGAGUGUCGGCGUGUGCGUUUGGGUUUCCCUCUCUGCUGUUUUUCUGCUGAAGGUGUAAAGAUCGAGCUCCACUUGGAAUUGUCCCUAAAAGCCCCCACCCCCCACCCCUUUCUCCC